UGUGGCGUAAAUUACUGAUGUCAUCGCCUUGAUGAUCAUUCAUCGUUAUUUUCCAGUACAGUGAAGUGAUGUUUAUUUAAUUGUUACGCUUUGUUUCGUUUUUCUAUUUUAAUAAAAUUGUGUAUAAAAGUUUCCGAUCGUUGCUAUUACUUCGGAGCUUUAUGGCUCAAGGAUAUUGCGGUGAGACCAUGUGAACAUAAUUAAAUAAAAGGAAAAUAGUUCGGGAAUAGUGAAAUCAGUGUGUAGUACCAUGUCAGGUACAGAGCAGAAUAUAGUGAACUCAAUGCAGCAAUUAUCUGUGCAACCCAAUAUAAGUGGCCCUACUGAGAAACCUACGCAAGUUGUUACACCUGCUGUGAACAGGAGUCAGCAGGCCGCAGCAGCCAAGGUAACCCCUGUAAAAAUAAAUACUGUGUCCCCAGCAAUAGCCACGAUAGACCGGUUAUUGAGUCUGGGAGCCAACGUCCCACCCCCACCCCCAGUAAUCACACGGCAAUCAGACAUGGACCCACACACUGUAGAACAGCUUCGUGCUGUCAAAGAGCUGCUCACAGCACAAGAGGAAGAAGCACAGAACCUUAGAGACAUCAACCAUGAACUACGAGAAAGAUUAGAAGAAUGUGAAACAAAAAUAAAGAAGUUGUCUGAACAGAAUGAAGAAUAUGCGGAAAAGGAAAAAGCUCUCUCUCAGCGAGUUGCUGAAAAAGUAAGAAAUAAUAAACAAAUGAGUGUGGUCAUGGAGGAAUAUGAGCGCACUAUAUCUUCUCUUAUUGGAGAACGGGAAGCAGAAGGGAAGAGAUGGACUGAUGAGCGAUCCACCCUGGUGAGAGAACGUGAUGAAGCUGCAGCGCAUCUAGCCUCUAUGGAACAUGCAUUCAAUGAUGUGCACACCAAAUAUGAGAGGUGUAAGGUAAUCAUUCAAGGAUAUAAAAGUAAUGAGGAAAUGUUAAAGAGAACUGUUGAGGAGAACAAUGAUGCUAUCCAGAAGUUAGAAGCAAGAUAUGAAACCCUCCGACAGCAUGCCAUGCAGCAGCUUAACAAGGCCAAUGCAGAACUAGAUUCAGUGAAGAAAGCUCAUCAAGCAGAGAUCCUGAAACUAAAUGCUAUGCUUAAAAAGAGUGAAGUACAUGCGUCCUCCUUGCAGGAAUCGCUGGCACAGAAGAUUAAGGAUAAUGAGGAGCUCACAGCUAUCUGUGAUGAGUUGAUCAAUAAGGUUGGUUAACAGCAUUCUAAUCAUGAUACUUAUGUACUCAUCCAAACUUCAUUUACAUAAAUUAACAUGCAUUUUGUAUUUAUAUGCAGUUGACUAUAAUGAUUAAUUAUCAUUAGUGUAAUAAUAGUAUUACACAAUAUGUGAAAACUUACUUAAUGAAGCUAGUGCUGUUACCAAUAUCAGAAAUUAUUAAUUAUUAUUUUUUUAUAAAACAGUAUGUAGUGUAAUAAUAUUUAAAUGUACUGUGCAAUCACUAUCUAUUUUAUUUUGUACAAUUUUUAUAAUUAUUAUAAGUGUAAGAUUUUACUACCCUGUGACAUCUGAACAGUGAAUGUUUCUUUUAUUAUCUCGUUUUUAUUUGGUGCCUGUCUGUAUUACCAUGCAUGUUAAGUGCUCAUAAAAUUGUAAAAGUAAUGAACCUCACUAUGUACAGCCUAUUAGUAUUGGACCAUGCUUUUAUACCAUUUGUAAUAAAAUUGUGAGAACAUAUUUUCAUAAACUAGAUACCUACAUGCGUAAUGUAAGCUUAUCCAAAGAUCUGGUUACAGUCUGCUGUAUCACUGACUUCUGUCUCCAUCGGCUAAGGUCAGGAUAUAAUUACUUAUGGUUACUACUUUGUUAGUUUCUUCCAACUAAACCUAGCUGCCAUAUUUAAUUUGAAAUUUUCUUUAUGUAUAAAACAUAGGUAUUUAAAGCUAUAAGCGUGCUUAACUUAAAGUAUAAUUUAAAUUAAUAACUUGAUAUUAUUGUUUAUAAUAUAGUUAGCUGUUAAACCUAUCAGAAUUUACAGGACUAAUAGUUAAUGUUCUCUAGUCUUUGAUCUUUUGAAAUUGGUUACAGUUGUGUUUAUGUUUAUUUAAACUUUGUAAAAUAUAAUAAUAGAUCAGUACUGUCGAAGCAAUAAUUUUAUAACACAGUCGUCAAUCAAAGUAAAGCUUAUUUUCAUUGUGAAAAUAUUAAAAAAAUAAUAUUGUACAUUGCUUUUCAGCUUGUUAUUACUUAGUUGAUGAAAAGCAAAUACCAAAAAAAUAUAUAAGUCAUUAAUAAAGUAUAAAAUUGUUGCAACAAUUGGACUUACAAUUAGGUUUAUUUAUUUCAUGUAAGUACAUGAGUGUAUUGAAACUUAGACAUUAGUAUGUGCCUUUUUGAAAUUAAAUCUUCACCAUCCAUAUCCAUUCAGUCCAUAAUUUGAUAUUCAUAAAGUACUAGACACCUAAAACUAGAAUAUUUUUCAUCUCAAUCUAGGUUAGCCUAAUGCAGUGCUGCUAAAUAGCUAUCAAGUGUUUUGGCCUACAAGUAUUAUUUAGUGGAUGAGGUAAAAUAAAUUUAACCCUACUAAAAUGUUACUUUAUUCAAACACUACAUUCCACAACAUUAUUUUUGUAGAUCUUUAAUCCUAACAAAUGAUAACACUGCAGAGUACACAUACAUGUGUUUCCGAGACAUUGUGUCCAUUAACAUUUCCACAACAUGCAUCUCACGAGAAUCCCAUUUAGCCUGAAUUCGAUUAUAUUUCGUUUAGGAUAAGCAUAAUUUAGUUAAUAUUAUACUACUAAAUAUUUUUUUAUAACUUUGAUUUAUUUCGCAUAAAAAUUA